AAGUUGUAUACAUUGUUUUUUAGAUGAAUAGCUGCAUGUAAAAAUGUAUUCUGUGAUAUUAUUAGUACUAUUUUUAACUUACCGUCAAUGCGAUCUGUCUGUUAAUGGAAAUGAUAAGAAUAAUAUCAAUACCUGCAAAAAUGGUAAAUUGCCUUGCAAAAGUAUUGCUGAUGUCGGAGAAGUCAUUCAGUGUCUUGAUAAUGGUACAUUUUAUAUUCCUCGAGGUAAAUGGGGUUAUUUUAGCAGCAGUGGUUUGCUAGAAACUAUAGUAUGUCCAAAAUCUUAUUGCAAGUGUUAUAUUGGUUGUGAAGAUUACUGUGAGUUUGAUAAGAGUAAACAAUGUUCUUCAAAUCGUGAAGGAAGACUUUGUAGUGAAUGCUCUAAAGGAUAUAGUGUGUCUUUGUUUAGCGAAGAAUGUAAAAUUUGCAAUAACUAUUGGAUGCUGUUACUAAUUCCUUUAUUAAUACUUUUUUUAUUUUUAGUGGUAAUAUUUUUAUUUCAUUUUGAUGUUGAUGCAUUUUCUGGUUAUUUAAAUGUUUAUUUUUAUUGGUAUCAAAUGGUUGAUAUUUUUAUUCCCGGUAAUACACAACUUCACUCAUCUACACGAUUUUUAAUUGGUUUUUUCUCUUUAACUGGAACUGGCGGAACUGUUGGAUUAUGUUUUUUUAAUGGAAUGAAUAACUUGACUAAACUUGGAUUAAAUUACUUACCCCCAAUUUUUUUUAUAUUAAUUGCUUUAAUUUUUGGAGUGUUAAUUUCACCUUCUGUUUGGAUAAAAUUAUUUUGUCGCAGUUCAGAUAAAAGUUUAAAUGAAGAACAAUGUCGUAAGAGACGAGAAUCCUCUUAUGGGAGAGCAAUGAGCUUUGUUAUAGUUGUCACUUUUUCACAGAUUAUUACCGUUACGCUCAAACUUCUUCACCCUGUAAAGAUUGACGGAAAGUUUUAUGUUUUUGAAGCAACUUUUACUGAAUUUUUUCGUGACCCUAUGCAUAUCUUCUUAGGAAUAAUUGCAGUGUGUUUUGCAAUAAUAAUUCUUUUAUUUUUUGUUUUGUUGAUUUUCACUCCUACAAGUGGAAAAGGUAAAUAUAUUGCGCCUGUUUUUGAAGCAUUGAAAAGUUGCUUUAAUCAAUCAAAAAUUAUUGGUAAUCGCUAUGAGGAAUGCCAAGUGGAAAACAAAUCUUACUACCAGCGAAUGUUUGCUGCAUUUUAUUUUAUCUGCAGAGUUAUAAUGUUAAUAAUCUCUGUUGUUGUACAAAAUGAAGUUACUAAACUUGUUUUCCUUUCUUUAGCGUCUGUCACUUUUUUGACAAUAUUUUCUAUAUUUCAGCCAUACAGAAAUCGAUCAUUUAACUAUUGGGAUAUAUCGGUUUUAUUUUUGAUGUGCGUUGUAAGUUUGUUUUGUUUAAUUCUAAGUGUUCCCUUUUUCGCAAGUGAAAAUUUACGAAAUAGUAUUAAGGUUAUUUUGCAAAUCAUUGUGUGGUACCCAUUGUUAUCGAUGGUUUUUCGUCUUGUAUUAUGGAAAUACAACCAGAGGAAAAGAAAUAUAAAGAAUUCAAGCCCUCGUAUCAGACAAGAAUCAGUGAAAUCAUUAGUUAGUCUUCCUGUGAGGGGAGUCGAAGGAAUGUAAUGAAACAAAAAGACAGAAAAUAAUUU